AUGGGUCCUCCUGCACAUGUAUCGCACAUCCCUUCCACAAGCCCUCCUUCAGCACUGACAAGUGCUAGCUGGGGCAAGCGCAAAGCCAGUGCACUCAAGUCUGAUGUCGACAGUCCAAGUCCAUCAAGCAAAUGUUCUUGCCCACCAUCUGUGGCUGCCAAAGCACAGCAGGAGGGUAGUACAGCAAUAUCAUCACUUGCUAGCACUUUCCAAGAGAUGAGCAAGCCACUCACCAUGCAUAUUCCUGCACCCAUGAUUCCUGCACCCCCUCCUGCACCCCCCUCUGACUUCACAUGUGCUGUUAAAGUCCUCACUUUGGCUACCAACAUAUCAGAUGGAGAUAAGUUGGAGAUGAUGCCAUUAUUUUUGAAGAACAAAGACAAGGUGGUUGUGUUUCUGUACAUGAAUGCUAAUUUGAGGGCUGCUUGGGUGCAGAAGAGAUUGGCUGAAGUUCAUGCUAACAUGAAUAUUGAUUGA